CACCAGCCACAAUGAGGAACUCCUGCACAGGUCCGGCAUUUUUUCUCUCAAUGGUCAUUUUUCUCCUGCUAAUUCCUAAAGGCUUCUGUGCCAAAAUCAUUGGAGGAAAUGAAGUGGAUCCUCACUCAAGACCCUACAUGGUCCUUAUUAAAGGGGAAAAAAUUUGUGCUGGGGCUUUGAUCAGGAAAGACUGGGUUUUGACUGCAGCUCACUGUCGACUAAACAACGAUUCCAAGGUGAUUCUUGGAGCUCACACCAUAGCCAAUAAUGAGUCUGAAAAACAAAUAAUGGCCAUUGAGAAACAAAUACCCUAUCCAUGCUAUGACCAAGACACACAUGAGGGUGAUCUUCAACUUCUACAGCUGAACAGAAAAGCAGACCUUAAUAAAAAUGUAGCUGUCCUUGCCCUACCCCGAAAGGGGGAAGACGUAAAACCAGGAACAACCUGUCAAGUUGCAGGGUGGGGGAAGACUAACAAUAUGUCACCUCAGUUUUCAAAUACUCUAAGAGAAGUCAAUAUCACUGUCAUAGACAGAAAAACCUGCAAUGAUGAAAUGCACUAUAAUUAUAAUCCCGUGAUUGGACUGAAUAUGAUUUGUGCUGGAAGCCUCAAAGGUGGAAAGGACUCGUGUAAUGGAGAUUCUGGAAGCCCUUUGAUAUGUGAUGGUAUUUUCCGAGGCACCACUGCCUUUGGCCUUCCAGAGAAAUGCGGAGACCCUCGGGGACCUGGCAUCUACAUACGUCUCACAAGGAAAUACCUCAUAUGGAUAGUGAAGACUGUCAGGGGGAUACCUUUGUGAACUCUACCUCGUGUUCUGUCAUUUUCUC